AUGGCAGCGACCUUCCGGGCUAAAUUUUACACCGUUUGCCAGAAAUUUGGGGAGCAAUUAGGAGAGAAGAACCUACCUCUGACAACGCAUCAACAUGCACCCCUCUGUGUGCGGCCGAGGCGCUCAACCAAGGCUGCAAUACCACAGGUGCGGUUAACUGGCACUUCGGCUCGGCUGAAGAAACAACAAAGGGGCAACAGACACUUAAAGCAGACAUGCAGAGCCCAAGCAAUGGCGCCAAAGCCACAUGUGACAGGGCCAAAGACCUCCCUAAACCCGAAAGAGACACCAAAGUCCGUAUGGGACACGCCUGAGGGGUCAACGUUCCCAAACACUCACCAUGUACCCAGCCAACAACAGCUCCUCACCACAGCCGGGAUUGGAGGCACCUCAACUGAACAAAACUUGCAUGCACUAGGCCCAGUACCAGCUGCAGACCAACAAAAAGGUGCAGGGGGAUACCAAUGCACGCCCCGACCACAAGCGGUACCUGCCAAAGGCCGGAGUCGGAUGAAUCCCCAGUCUGGGAUCCCAGAGACUAAGACCUGCACCCACGGAGGAUACAAUAUGGUUAUAUGA